CAUGUAAGAAGAGAGAUGGAGAAAAGUGGGGUCAGCUGAGGAAAGGAUUCUCUCUCAUAUGCAGCGGUCAGAACUCAGAAGGGAGAAGCAUCUCUUAACUUGUUCUUCUGCUUCUGCUUCUGCUUCUUCUUCUUCUCUUUCUCUUUCUAUCUCUCAUCAUUUUCAUCUCUUAAAUUUCCAUUCCGCACUCACAAUGCUCUACCCUUCAAACCCAACAUCUUCCUUUCUUCCUUAAUUUCUCCCAAAUGUCUGUCACCGACCUCAAGGACCGUCACGCCGCCGCCGCCGACACCGUCAACAACCUCAGACACCGCUUAAAGCAGAAGCGCCUCUCCUUGCUCGACACAGAUAUUUGUGAGUACGCAAAGUCUCAGGGUAGAGCACCUGUCACCUUUGGACCUACGGAUCUCGUUUGCUGUAGAACCUUGCAGGGUCAUACGGGAAAGGUGUAUUCAUUGGAUUGGACUUCUGAAAAGAGUCAGAUUGUUAGUGCAUCUCAAGAUGGGAGAUUAAUAGUGUGGAAUGCUCUAACUAGGCAGAAAAUUCAUGCCAUAAAGCUGCCUUGUGCAUGGGUCAUGACAUGUGCUUUUUCACCAACUGGUCAGUCUGUUGCAUGCGGUGGCCUUGACAGUGUUUGUUCUAUUUUCAAUCUCAAUUCUCCCACUGACAAGGAUGGGAACCUACCUGUUUCCCGGAUGCUGAGUGGACAUAAGGGUUAUGUUUCCUCUUGUCAGUAUGUUCCAGAUGAAGACACUCACUUAAUCACUGGUUCUGGUGACCAGACAUGUGUUUUAUGGGAUAUUACUACUGGCCUUAAAACAUCUGUCUUUGGAGGAGAGUUUCAGUCUGGACACACUGCAGAUGUACUCAGUAUCUCCAUUAAUGGAUCCAACUCAAGAAUGUUUGUAUCUGGUUCUUGUGAUGCAACUGCUCGAUUGUGGGAUACUCGGGUGGCAAGUCGAGCAGUGCGAACAUUUCAUGGGCAUGAGGGAGAUGUUAAUGCAAUCAAAUUCUUUCCGGAUGGAAAUAGAUUUGGAACUGGCUCAGAUGAUGGAACCUGCAGAUUAUUUGACAUUAGGACUGGACAUGAACUUCAAGUAUAUUAUCGACAGCACAGUGACAAUGACAUCCCGCCUGUAACUUCCAUUGCAUUCUCUGUUUCAGGAAGACUUCUUUUUGCUGGAUACACAAAUGGAGAUUGCUAUGUUUGGGACACUUUAUUGGCAAAGGUGGUCUUGGAUUUAGGAUCGCUCCAAGACUCUCAUGAGGACAGGAUCAGCUGUUUAGGUUUGUCAGCUGAUGGAAGUGCCUUGUGUACAGGAAGUUGGGACACAAACUUAAAGAUAUGGGCAUUUGGAGGGCAUAGGAGAACAACUUAAGCCAUUGAGGGCUACUAAAAAACCCGAUGGCCUUUGCAAGAAUGGUCAAAUUGGAGAGAAUUGCGUGGUUAUAUAACCCUUCAUUUUAGCCUUGCAACUAGUGCAACGGUUUGUUUAUGCUCAUGUCCGUUUGUCCAUGUGUGUGAUCUAGUACUAUUUCCAUUGUACUAACCGCUUCGGUAACUAUACGUUAAACCAAAAUGAAGUACUGUUUGUUUUCUAGUCU